GACAUACAGAAGUGGUGGAGUUGCUGGUACAUCACGGUGCAACGUUAGACAUACGGGAUGCGUUCCAGAGGACCCCGCUCAUGGUGGCCUGUUCUUCCAAACAGGUCGACAUAGCUCGGCGACUGAUCGAGUUCGGAGCAAGAGUUGAUUUGACCGACGUCAAUGGCUUGACGGCCCAAGAGCACUGCGAGAUGGACGUAGAACUGACGAAGCUGAUACAAGAGGCACUGCAGACCGGGCUGCUGAGAUGCUGCAACCCUAUAUGUGGCAAACCGGGCCAUAGGUCCACCCUGCAGCUGUGUGCCCAGUGCAAGCUGACCCGGUACCGCAACAGUGACUGUCAGAGACAACACUGGACUGUCGGACACAAGAAGUGCUGUGGGCACGAUGCGUACUCCGACGAUGGAUCAAACCCCUUCCUACAACUGGCCAAGUUGACGGCUCAAGUGUUACAAGAUAUGAAAAUGUAGCUUAGGACGAGUGUAUCAAACGUAACUCUACAGACCACAACUUUUUGGAUGUUCAACUUUGGUUUGAAAUGCACAAACGUCACUUCAGGGUUACAAAUUGUGGCUAAGUAGUGGGCUUGUCUUUGUAUGUACCAAGGAGCUUGCUCCUAGAUUGUUGACCUCCUUAGUUAACAGACUCAGAGUCUGAGUCUGACUUUAAUUUAAGACUUAGAUUAGAUUAGAUUAAGUUUGGUAUUUAUGACUAUUUUUU